CCUUUCUAAAACCCAAGGAUAUGCAGUAAUGAUAAAAAGGUCACGAGCAGAUAAAAAUGGCGAAAUCAAAAAUAUGACAUUAGGUUGCGAUAGAAGUGGUUUCUAUAGGAACAGACUAAAUUUAACAGAUAAUUCACGUUGUAGACAGACAGCCUCAAGGCUUUUGGGUUGUCCAUUUGAACUUUAUGAAGUUAGACAUGAAAAUAUUUGGUAUCUUGAAAUUUGA